AUGGCUCCUCUCUUUAAAGCCCUCGCCGCUCUCGCGGCCGCCUCUCUCUUUACUCAGGUCACCGCGACCGGUGUUGAGUUGCCGCCAUGCCUCAGCACUUUCCAGCCUUUCGUUUCCUCCGGCUGCUACGCCGACAAGGGUACCAAGGGCGAAGAUGCUCUUGACUUCCGCUCCUCCAUCGACCAGAAGACGACCACCGCCGAGUCUUGCGCCGCUGAGUGCAAGGGUAACGGUUACCGCUACGCCGGCCUCACCUACUACGGUGUCUGCUACUGCAGUGCUACUAUCAACAGCCCCAAGCUCGACGACUCCGCCUGCACUUACGAGUGCCAGGGUAACCAGACUGAAACCUGUGGAGGCCCAGGUGCCUUCUCCGUCUGGGCUGAUACCACUUUCCCGACUGCCAACGGCGAUGUCAUCAAAUCCUACCAGUCCAUCGGCUGCUGGACCGACGAGACCGGUCACGGACGCACCGUUGGCGAGCCCCAGAAGAUCUCCGCCGACACCAUGACUCCCUCCAACUGUAUCGCCACCUGCGCCGCUCAAGGAUACCCCUUCGCCGGUGUUGAAUUCGGCCAGGAGUGCUACUGCGGCGUAGUCAUCGGCAACUACUCUGUGUCUACCACGGCCGACAAGUGCGCAACACCCUGCAAGGGCGACUCGACCCAGACCUGUGGUGGUGCCGGAACUGUUGAGAUCUAUGCUUCCCAGCAGCUGCUGUCUCUUGAGCCCUGCGGCUACGUCCCACCUGCCAACUCGCCCUCGUCUUCCGUCCCCGUGACGAUCCCGGUCUCUUCGCCUUCCGUCGAGUCGUCUACGGUUCCCGCAAUCGUCACGAUCACCCCCGUCACUUCCGACCCACCUCCUCCCCCGGCCACUUCGUCUUCCAGCUCCAUCUCUACGGACUCGCCUCCUCCUCCGGUCACCACUUCCGCCACUAUCUCUUCGGACUCGCCCCCUCCUCCGGUUACCUCGUCUUCCAGCACUUCCACCACCAUCUCCUCGCCGGCGCCGCCUCCUCCGGCUACUUCGUCGACCAGCACCUCCAUCACCCCCAAGGUUGUCACGCCGCCCACAACUUCAACCACUUCCACCACCUCCUCCAAGGUCACCUCGCAGUCUCCUCCUCCUCCUCCCACGACCACCUCCAAGGUUCCUACCACCCAGGCUCCUCCUCCGCCUGCCACCACUCCCAAGCCUACUCCUAGCACCACCGCCCCGGCUAUGUGCACCACCACUAUUGUCACCCCCGCCACUUGCGAGUACGGCUGUGGUAAGUGGUGCAACAAGAACCUCCCUGAGUUUGACGACCAGGAAAGCUGCAGCAAGGCCAGCAACCGCUGCCACCUCCAGCUCAACGCUUGCUACAAGAACGCUGGUUUCCCCAACUCUGCCGCCUGCGUCGACUUCAAGGCUUGGUGCAAGGACGUUGCUAGCUACUGCUCCAGCUCCUGCUCCGGAAAGAAGGGUUCUUGCGGCAAGAAGGACUGCUUCCAGAAGAAGGUCCCCAAGGGAUACAAGCCCGGAACUACUUCAGUUUCCACCUUCGCCUGCCCCACGAAGCCGACUUCAACCUCCACCCCAGUCAGCGUUGUUCCCCCUCCUCCCACCGGUCUCUGCAAGCAGCCCACGAGCCGCAUGUACGGCUACGGACCUGGCAACCCCGUUGGUGGCAUCGAGCUUCCCAUCGUCACUUGCAACGAUCUCAAGGAGGAGUUCCAGGCCGGUAACCAAUUCAAGCUCUACAUCGAGUCCGAAUCCAAGCAAUGCAAGGGCUACGGCAAGGGCAAUGUCCCCAACGCUUGCGCCGACGCUUGCCAGGAGCAGUACUCCGAGUGCCAGAGCACUUACGUCCAGGGUUGCAAGGCUUACAACAACCGCCGCAGCGGUGGUGCCUACUCUUCUGCUCCCGAGAUCGCUAAGCGCUUCUUCUUCGCAGACAACUACAACGCCGCCAACAACAAGUGCAAGGCCCAGCUGUCAGACUGCUUGUCCGAGAACAAGAACGUUCUCAGCCAGAGCAAGUGUGGCUCCUUCGGUACUGGCUACUAA